CCCCCCCCCCUCCCUAGGCGGCGGGAAGUGGCUUUCGGCGGACGCUCGGACGGACGGAGGGACGGAGUGACUCACGCCCAGAGCUGAGGCUUCACUACAAACACUCUCCGAAAUCCCUGCUCGGUUUUCUGAAGGGACGAUGUCGGCCAACUACCGGUGGGGAGGCCCCAGUAGCGGCGAGAGCCGUAUCUACGUUGGGAACCUGCCGACCGACGUGCGGAUCCGCGAUAUCGAAGAUAUCUUCUACAAGUACGGGAAAAUUCGAGACAUCGACCUGAAGAAUAAACGCGGAUCCCCGCCAUUCGCCUUCGUGGAGUUCGAGGAUCCGAGAGAUGCACAAGACGCAGUCUAUGGAAGAAAUGGUUAUGAUUAUGGAGUCUAUCGUUUACGGGUGGAAUUCCAGAGAGGGAGAGGAAUUGGCGGAGUCGGCGGUGGAUCUAGAGGAAGACCAGGACCAGCUGCCCGCAGAUCAGAUUUCAGGGUCAUUGUCUCUGGACUUCCUCCCUCUGGCAGUUGGCAGGAUUUGAAGGAUCACAUGCGAGAGGCUGGUGAUGUUUGCUAUGCAGAUGUUCUGGGUGAAGGUGCUGGAGUGGUGGAAUUCCUCCGUAAGGAGGACAUGGAUUAUGCAGUGCGGAAGCUUGAUGAUACAAAGUUUCGCUCUCAUGAGGGAGAAACUGCUUAUAUUAGAGUUCGUGCAGACAAGCCCAGAAGUUCUAGUUACGGCAGGUCAAGAUCAAGGUCCCUUUCUAGAGGUCGUUAUUCUCCUUAUCAAAGUAGGAGCUCCCCUCGGUAUUCACCGAGACCCCAAUAUAGAUGAGGACUUGAUAGUCAAAAAUUUACUUUUUAAUCCACAUUCCAUCAUUGGCCGUUAGUUUCUUUUCCUUCAAUUCUAUAUUUCGUGAUAUGCUUUGAAUUAAAUAAACUUGAUUUUUUUCUUUUUUAAUUAUUGA